UCAAAUGUCCACACUUGAAGAUUAUCUAUGCAUCAUAUUCGUGGCGUGGCUAAUUCAGUAGAAGACCAUACAAGGGACGGAAUAGGAUGGUUUGGCAUGCUGAAGCUUGUGGAGUUGAUCAAAUCAUUGCUGUAGCGAGAUCUGUUCUAUUUGGGUGGCGUGCAGCGCAAGAACAAGGCAGGGAGUGCUUCAACCGGACUGAAAGGAGGGCUGCGGAGGUAUGGAAAAAACCCGUGGAGGGCCGAAUGAAGGUCAACGUUGAUGCGGCUACCGGGAUGGAUGGAAAGCGGGGACUAGCGUGGGUGGUGAGGGAUGCAGCGGGUCAGCUUGUGGCUGCUGGUGCUAAGCCUUGGGAAGGGAAUAUUUCACCCAAAGAAGCCGAAAUUUUAGGGGUCCGUGAGGCAUUGAGCUGGCUGAAGGAGAACCGUUGGGAUUAUGUGGACAUCGAGUCUGAUGCUUCUCAAGUUGUCUCUGCUAUUUAUAACGGAGGUGGUGUUGCUCAGUUUGGCUUGAUAGUGGAAGAUGUUAGAGAUUUAAUGAAAGAUUUUAAUAGCAUUUCUAUUGCUUUUAUACGGCGGUCUGCGAAUCGUGUUGCUCACACUCUUGCUCGAGCAGCCGUUUCUUUGUCUGACAGCCAUGUGUGGCUCUCGAUUCCUCCUACUUGUAUUAUGCAGGCUUUAAGCCAUGACUUCAUUAAUAAUACUUAAGAUUUCGUUGUGCAAAAA